UCCCGGAGAUAUUGCUUUUUUCCUGCUUGAUAUUUCACGUGGUUGUCGAAAGCUGAAGCAACCUUUAAACAGAAAUACUUACUUAUCUUUCCAUUUUUUUUUUGUUUCUCAGUGGUUUUGAGAUUUAGGGAUUUGAGUGGUCUCGCGUGUUCUCUCUCCUGCGACUGCAAACGAUGACGAGUCUCUUGAAGUCAUCGCCGGGACGACGCCGUGGAGGCGAUUUGGAGUCCGGUAAGAGUGAAAACCCCGAUUCUGACAGCGAUACGUUCUACAUCCCUGGUAAGAAUGCUUCAAUCGAGCGGCUCCAACAGUGGAGGAAAGCUGCGCUGGUUCUCAAUGCCUCCAGGAGAUUCCGUUACACCUUGGACUUGAAGAAGGAGCAAGAAACGAUGGAAAUGAGAAAGAAGAUCAGAAGUCAUGCUCAUGCUCUUUUGGCUGCAAAUCGUUUCAUGGAUAUGGGGCGUGACCAAGGAGGUGAAAAACCAACAGCGUCUGCCACUCCAGCUGGAGAUUUUGGAAUUACUCCUGAACAGCUUGUCAUAAUGUCAAAGGAUCACAACAAUGGCUCCCUGCAGCAAUACGGAGGGCCUCAAGGAUUGUCAAAUUUGCUCAAGAGUAAUCCAGAGAAAGGUAUCAGCGGAGAUGAUGAUGACUUGCUAAACCGCAAAACCAUUUAUGGUUCAAACACCUAUCCUCGAAAGAAAGGGAAAGGGUUUCUGAGGUUUCUUUGGGAUGCUUGCCAUGAUCUCACCUUGAUCAUUCUGAUGGUUGCUGCAGUAGCGUCUUUAGCACUUGGGAUAAAAACAGAGGGUAUUAAAGAAGGAUGGUAUGAUGGAGGAAGCAUUGCAUUUGCAGUGAUUCUUGUGAUUGUUGUCACAGCUGUCAGUGACUACAAACAGUCUCUCCAGUUUCAAAACUUGAAUGAUGAAAAGAGAAACAUACAUCUGGAGGUGAUAAGAGGUGGAAGACGAGUGGAAAUUUCAAUCUAUGACAUUGUUGUGGGUGAUGUCAUACCUCUCAACAUUGGCAAUCAAGUUCCUGCUGAUGGAGUGCUAAUAUCUGGCCACUCUCUUGCCCUUGAUGAGUCUAGCAUGACUGGAGAGAGCAAAAUUGUUAACAAAGACGCUAACAAGGAUCCAUUCCUAAUGUCUGGCUGUAAAGUUGCAGAUGGAAAUGGUGUAAUGCUGGUUACUGGUGUUGGAGUCAACACUGAAUGGGGAUUGCUGAUGGCCAGUAUUUCUGAAGACAAUGGUGAAGAAACUCCCUUGCAGGUGCGCUUAAAUGGGGUGGCUACUUUUAUUGGCUCCAUUGGCUUAGCAGUCGCUGCUGCUGUGCUGGUGAUUCUUCUUACUCGAUACUUUACCGGUCACACUAAAGACGUACAUGGAGGUCCUCAAUUUAUUAAAGGAAAGACAAAAAUUGGUCAUGUUGUUGAUGAUGUGAUCAAAGUUGUAACUGUAGCGGUAUGUUUCCUAUCUAACCAUCUUAGUCUAGUAAAAAGCCUCCACGCAAAAUCUUUCAUUUCUAGAAAUACUAAUACUUGGCUAUUGCUGCAGGUUACAAUUGUUGUAGUGGCAGUGCCUGAGGGUCUUCCGUUGGCUGUUACUCUAACCCUUGCCUAUUCUAUGAGGAAAAUGAUGGCAGAUAAGGCUUUGGUUCGGAGGCUAUCUGCUUGUGAGACAAUGGGCUCUGCCACCACUAUUUGCAGUGAUAAAACUGGAACACUAACUUUGAAUCAGAUGACAGUGGUUGAGUCUUAUGCUGGGGGAAAGAAAACAGAUACUGCACAAUUGCCAGCAACUAUCACUUCGUUAGUUGUUGAAGGAAUAUCUCAAAACACAACUGGUAGCAUUUUUGUUCCAGAGGGAGGUGGUGAAUUAGAGUUGUCUGGUUCACCAACAGAAAAGGCCAUUCUUGGCUGGGGAAUCAAGCUGGGAAUGAAUUUUGAGACAACCAGGUCGCAAUCUUCUAUCCUUCAUGCUUUUCCCUUUAACUCAGAGAAGAAACGUGGUGGUGUUGCUGUAAAAACGGCUGAUGGUGAAGUUCAUAUUCACUGGAAAGGAGCUUCUGAGAUUGUCCUGGCAUCUUGCAGAAGCUACAUCGAUGAGAAUGGCAAUGUGGCACCAAUGACUGAAGACAAGGCAUUGUUUUUCAAGAAUGGAAUUGAAGAGAUGGCUGGAAGAACCUUACGAUGUGUUGCACUGGCCUUUAGAACCUUUGAGGCUGAAAAGGUCCCAACAGGCGAAGAGCUCUCAAAGUGGGUACUCCCUGAGGAUGACCUUAUUUUACUAGCUAUAGUAGGCAUAAAGGAUCCAUGUAGACCAGGAGUCAAAGAUUCAGUUCAGCUGUGUCAAAAUGCUGGUGUCAAGGUCCGUAUGGUGACUGGUGACAAUAUCCAAACUGCCAGGGCUAUUGCUUUGGAGUGUGGAAUAUUAACGUCAGAUGCAGAAGCCUCCGAGCCUACUCUCAUUGAAGGAAAAUCAUUCCGUGCGAUGACUGACGCAGAAAGGGACAAAAUUAGUGGCAAAAUCUCGGUUAUGGGCCGAUCAUCACCCAAUGACAAACUUCUGUUGGUACAAUCUCUGAGAAGACAAGGGCAUGUUGUUGCUGUCACCGGCGAUGGGACAAAUGAUGCUCCUGCAUUACACGAGGCAGAUAUUGGUCUUGCUAUGGGAAUUGCUGGAACAGAAGUAGCUAAGGAGAGUUCAGACAUCAUUAUCUUGGAUGACAACUUUGCUUCGGUUGUCAAGGUUGUUCGCUGGGGACGAUCAGUCUAUGCCAACAUCCAGAAAUUCAUCCAGUUUCAGCUCACAGUCAAUGUCGCUGCUCUUAUUAUUAAUGUGGUUGCUGCUAUUUCAAGUGGUGAUGUUCCACUUACCGCUGUGCAGCUUCUCUGGGUUAAUCUGAUAAUGGACACUCUUGGAGCAUUGGCUUUGGCUACUGAACCACCUACCGAUCACCUCAUGGGGAGGCCUCCAGUUGGCAGGAAAGAACCUCUUAUUACCAACAUCAUGUGGAGAAACUUGCUGAUUCAGGCUAUCUAUCAAGUUAGUGUAUUGUUAACACUCAAUUUCCGAGGCGUAAGCAUACUUGGCCUGGAACAUGAAGUGCCUGAACACGCCACCAGAGUGAAGAACACAAUUAUCUUCAACGCCUUUGUUCUCUGCCAAGCAUUCAACGAGUUCAAUGCUCGUAAACCAGAUGAGAAGAACAUCUUCAAAGGUGUGAUUAAGAAUCGUCUCUUCAUGGGUAUAAUCGCCAUAACUCUCGUCCUCCAGGUUAUCAUUGUUGAGUUCCUCGGUAAAUUCGCUUCGACAACGAAACUUGACUGGAAACAAUGGCUGAUAUGCGUUGCCAUCGGUGUUAUCAGUUGGCCUCUUGCUUUGGUUGGGAAAUUCAUUCCGGUGCCGGCAGCUCCUUUAAGCAACAAACUCUCAGCACUAAAAUGCUGGGGAAAGAAGAAAAAGUCUUCUGGAGAAGGUUCACUCUGAUGACAUGGAGGGAGGUUAAUCUCUCAGAUACUCGGGAGUUUGUUUGCUACUACUACUCUUUAGGACUAACAGAGAAAAGCGUUUGGUUUGGUAUGAAUUUUAUUGAUAUUUUUCGGAAAGCCCCAAAGUACAGUUUUCGGGUUUUGUUGGUCGGGCAAAUUUGGAAUUCUGGUUUUUCUUCUUGGGUGUUUUUUUUCUUUCAUAUCUUUUGGUGUAAUAUGAUGACUGGAUAACCUUUGGAACCACUACUAGUAAAGAUUUUAACAAAGGAAAUCAAAGUUGGAAAGAAUGGAAAAUUUUAUAUA